CUCCUUCAAAGUAUACUUAAGCAAUAACUCUUCUCCUUCAUCAACGUUUACUUCUUUAUUUAUUUUUUUCCUUUUUUUUUGUUUUUUUCUCACUUCUUUUUGUUUUUUAUUUAAUUUUUUGUUUCCUUUCUUUUCCAGCACCUGCAAUAUCUUGUCUCUGUCAAAACCCACAGCUCUUCUCUUCACCUUCAUCAAUAUUUUACUUUUUUUUUUCUUUUUCUUUUGUUUUGUUUUUUCCUUUCUUUUCCACCACUUCUCUAUAAUUUCUUUUCUCCUGUCAAAACCCAGUUCUUCUCUUCUCCUUCAUCACCGUUUUACUUCUUUUUUUCUUUUUUUUGUUUUUUCUUCAUUUCUUUUGUAUUUUCCUCACUUCCUUUUCUUUUUUCUUUUUUUAUUUUUUCUUUUCCACCAUCUCUCUACAAUUUUUUCCCCUUGUCAAAACCCUAGAUUUCAAGAAGAAAAGGGGGAGGCCUAAAAAUAUGGUCCUGAUGGACCUGUUUCUUUGGGAUUGUCACCCAUGUCUGCUCCUCCUUACCUCACACAGAGUUUAACCACAUCUUCUCAGAAACGGAGUAGGGGGCGGCCUCCUAGGACUGGGAGGAAACAACAUUAGCUAUGCUUGAUGAUUGGAUGAAUAGCUCGGUUGGAAUAGCAUUUGCACCUCAUGUAAUUAUUGUUGGAAUUGGAAAGAAGGAGAAUUUGUAUCUCUAUGGACUUCUAAAUGAGACAUGGGAAGUUAAUCUACCUGUUGAGGAGUUGUCUCCUGAGUUUCCAGAACCAACCUUAGGUAUAAAUCACACUAGAGAUGGGAUGCAAAAGAAGGAUUGGUUGUCACUAGUUGCAGUUCAUAGUGAUUCAUGGUUGCUUGCUGUUGCUUUCUACCUUGGUUCGCACUUUGGUUUCUACUGUAGCUUAGUUUACUCAUUCUAGGUGAAAAGAAAAAAUAAAAAAUUGCCGAUGCAAUUGUUAAACAAAUAUUUAUUUUAGAGCAAGUUACCCUUUUCCGGUAAUGUUUCACUUGUAAUAGUUGAAUUGAGUGCCCAAUUCAUACUAAAAACUUCUUAUAUUGUGAGAGUAAUCAUAUGCUAUCUUUUGCAUAUUUUUGUAUAUUUGAGCUUUGUUGGUUUAUUGGAAACACACAUUAUAGAUGCUCAUUUACAUUCACUUUGUAAACAUUUUGAUUUUGUUUUCAAAGCAUUAACUACCUGUAGCACAUGAUGUAUGUUUGAGCAACUUUGACUUUUAUACAACCUUUUAUAUGUGAAAGUUACCUUUUUAAAGGAAAGCUCAAUGUCUCAAAAGAAAGCUAUAUAUUCUAUUGUAUUCUUUCUCUUAUUUAAUUAUAAUGCUGAAUUCCAAACUUUGCUUCCAACAGAUCUCAUCUCUGUAACUUUAAUAAAGAUUGUUGACCCAGAGCUCUUCGUAGUGUGAAAAAAUAAAUAUUUAUUGGCCUUUUGAGACAUUGAGUCAAGACUUUGUGGUCUGCAAUUGUUACCAUUUAUUUAGUUUCAUCUAUCUUCAGUUAGAAAGAUUGCACUUUUCCGUUUUUGUCUUAAUUUUAUUUUAUUAUUUAAUAUUUCAUUUUUGGGCAUUUGAAUCUUACCUUUACUAUGAAAUAUUGGAUGGUUAGCUGCUAUUGUGUCAUGCAUGGAGAAGUUUAGUUGGCUUAAUAAUAAAUAUUCAAGUUUAAUUUGA